AAGCUAUGUAAAACUGAUUUUAACUAUGAUGUAUUUUAUAGCAAACAAAUGCAUUGUACGUUUUGGACAACGGAUAACACCAUAUCGAAUUUUUCUUAGCCCCACCUUUUUGUUAGAUAAAGAGGCUCAAAGUGAAAAAUGUAAAAGAUCUACAUACAAACUUCAACCUGUCUAUACGAGUACAAAAAUCGCUACGUUUGGACUGACGAAUUGGACACAAAUACGUUACCACAAAAUCAAACCUUACUAUUUACAUCGUGACGUCAAAUUUCCGAAUUUUGAUUAUGAUAGAAAAAAUCAAUUUAAAGACGUGAACAAAACGAAAUGGCACUCCGGAGAUCAUAAAAUUGGUAUAACAUAUGUCGUCGGAUUCUUUGGUCUGAUGUGCGGAGCUUACGGUACAAAAGCUAAUAUACUUUACUACAUAUAUUCAAUGUCGGCUCCCGCUGAUGUUAUCGCUUUGGCUGUGAUAGAACUCGACAUAUCGAAGGUUACACCUGGACAAUGUCUUUCAGUAAAAUGGCGAGGGAAGCCACUUUUCGUCAAAUACAGAACCCAGUCUGACAUCGCACUCGAAGACCAAACACCUUUGUCUUCUCUAAAAGACCCCGAGACUCCUGAGCAACGUACAAUAAAGCCUCAGUGGCUUGUGGUGAUAGGCAUUUGUACUCAUCUAGGUUGUGUCCCUGUACCGAAUUCAGGCGACUGGGCCGGCGGGUUUUACUGUCCUUGUCAUGGAAGUCAUUUCGACAACGUGGGACGAGCUCGUAAAGGACCAGCGCCUACCAAUUUAGUAGUUCCACCUUACAAGUUUCUCACAGAUACACUUUUAUUAGUAGGUUAG